CAAUUAUGUACACAAUCAAUAAAUAAGUCUCACUCGUAAGACAUGUAACAUCCCCUGGAAAAAUAAAAAAUUUAAUCAUCACUGAAUCUAGUUUAUUCUCAAAGGCAUUUUAAGGCACAAAUUAUCGUGAAAGUAUCUCAACCUCUUCAAUAAAAGUAUCAACUUCACGUCGCAUCUUGUGUCCAUUUACAGGAGGAUUUGCCUUCAAAAAAUUGAUUGUGAUUUUUGUGUUGUGCAGAUGUGACAAAUGCUGAUUGUCUGAACAAUUACUUGUGUGUACUUCGGAACAUAUGCAGUGACUAGCAAAAUAAUAAAUUUUACCUAUGCUAAAUAGAGCAAACUCUGCGUAGCAAUUUCACAAUUCAUAGUGUUCAUCACAGAAAGCAGAGUGCUUUGUGAAAAAUCAAUCGGAAGCUGAAAAUUAACUCAAAGUUUUGUGUUAGUGUAAUUAUCCACAAGAAAUAGACAAUUCUAGCAAUAUGACUGCAGAUACUAAAUGGCAGAAGGAUGCAUCGGAUCAAAACUUUGACUACAUGUUUAAGUUGCUCAUCAUAGGUAACUCCAGUGUGGGAAAAACUAGCUUUCUUUUUCGAUAUGCCGAUGACUCGUUUACAUCUGCAUUCGUUUCAACGGUUGGCAUUGAUUUCAAGGUGAAAACCGUGUUUCGCCACGAUAAAAGAGUAAAAUUGCAAAUUUGGGAUACAGCCGGACAAGAAAGGUAUCGCACAAUCACCACAGCUUACUAUCGAGGUGCUAUGGGAUUUAUUUUAAUGUAUGAUAUUACAAACGAGGAAAGCUUCAACUCUGUUCAAGAUUGGGUAACACAGAUUAAAACCUACUCCUGGGACAACGCGCAGGUGAUUCUUGUGGGUAACAAAUGUGACAUGGAAGAUGAACGAGUAAUAUCCUUUGAACGUGGCAAGCAACUGGCUGACCAGUUGGGAGUGGAAUUUUUCGAAACAUCUGCGAAGGAAAACAUUAACGUUAAGAAUGUUUUUGAAAGACUCGUAGAUAUAAUCUGCGACAAGAUGUCGGAGAGCUUAGACUCAGAUCCAGCUCUGGUUGCGGGUGGACCGAAAGGACAGCGAUUAUCGGACCAACCACAGGGCCCACCAAACGCCAACUGCAACUGCUAAAACGACAAAAGCAUAGCUCUUUGAAGCAGAACACCGAAUCGAAAAAAGAGAACAUACGAUUGAACAUUUAUUAAAGUAGGAUACCCCAACCACACCUAUCUUUGUCGCUAAAAAUCUCAACAAACCCUUAGUAUGUACGUGGUACACUGAAAAAAAUUGGAAUCAAAUUUAGAUUGGAAGAAUUGUUCAUAUCGUACAGCAUACAAUGUAGAUUGGUCAGUUCAAUUUUUUUUUUCGAAUACAUUGAAUGAUUAUUUGCAUUAUGAGCAUAACGAAUAUAUGCUUCUCCUGCACGUUUUAGUGUUUCAUUUCAUUACUAAAAUAUGAACUGAAAGCCGAAGCUGUCAACCAGAGAUAUUUAUCCUAGAAAGCGUUGAGGAAAUCGAGGAAUCAUAGUUUUGUUGAACAAAAAGCACUUAUUUACUGUCACAAUACGAAUGGAAUGUUGUUCUAGAGUAGACAAUAAACAUAUUGGAAGACCGAACCGUAUUGACAUACUACCGGAGACAUAUUACGUUCUAUAAUAACAGAAUGAAAAAAGUCAUCGAUGAACUAAUUGUGGCGAUACCCGAACAUAACACGAUCACUACUUAGAAAGUUGGAAAUGAGAUUUUUUACCAAGCUGACGGAGGUUCGUAUUUGUCACAAGAAAACAUUGAAUACAGGUAUGAACCAAUAAAUCUGCCGGAACUCAAUUUUGAGAUCGUUGAAAUAAAAAAAAAAUGUCAGUAUUCUCGCAACAAAGCAUACCUGGUAGCAGUUUAUUUCUAGUUCUAACGAUACGGUCAAUUGGCAAAUAGAGGAAAGAAAAUUUGACACAAAUAGAGACAAAACUUAUUUAGAUUGCCAAACAAGUCAAAGUGCGAUUUAGUAUUGUAACGAGUACUAGUCCAAAACAAGAUGCCAUCAGUCAUAUUUGAAACAUGUAAAAAACUGACGUGAUUAACCGAAAAAUUCUGGUUAUGAUUCUAACACACAAUACAUUUAUUUCUUAUGCAAUUUUUUCCAGUUCAAUAUCCCAUGAUGCUUCCGGCCGUUCGAAUCUUAUUCUACUUUACGAGAGUAAAGCUAAGUGAAAUAUGACGACAUCGAUUAAUUCACCAAAGAUACAAAUUUAACGUACACGUUGAUAGUUGUAGAAUAAACAUUUCCCCAAAGUACGUGGACUUAUAAUCUACCAAACAAAAUUGUUUCAGUAUUUAAGUCAGAUAGCGUUAGUAAAAUAGAAACCCAUGCUAAUCCAUAUUUCCUAUUCAUGUUUAAUGGAGGAUAUAAAUUAAAUAAACAAAAUUUACGAAAAAUAAUCACAAAACAUCUGCAUGUGCCUACGAUUGCGGGGAGAUGUUUUCCGAAAUAAACUUGCUAAUUUUAGCUAACCAUGAACAUAACCAGUCAAUAUCCAAGCGGUCUCUAAUGUGAUUGUUACCCUAGUGUCCGGUUGGUCUCUGUAUUAAAUUUUAUAACAAUUCAAAUGAAUCUAAACAACGUGAUGUUCUUUUGUUAGCACGGGCCCUAACCAAGAAACUAAUAACUUGAAACAUAUAUUUCAAUCGCACAGUCUUUCGUCAAAAAAAAAAUCUAUCAAUUUGAACAGACUGAAACAAUUACUGUCUGUAAAGGUAUCGUCAAAAUUGCAACAGAAAACUAAUUUGCUUAUAUCAACCAACAGCACAAUACAUUGUAAUUGUUGCUCACUAAACAUUCACACCUAUCGGUUUAACGCGCAAUCUACAGUCUGUGGAAAUACAAUGUGCAAAACUAAUAGAUAAAUUAUUAUUAUAUUUUGUACAAAAAAUACAACUAAAACAAUAAGUUUCUCUUAUUCGGAACUCGAUGACAGAAUUUAAAAUCCGUAUUGUACACUAAUUGCUAAUUUGUCCAUGACUUAUCCAAUCAAUGAUAACAAUUAACAUGUGAACGUAAAACAAGAAACAAAAUUAUAGUAAUUACCAUUAUUGUUGUAAUAAUUGAACUAUAUAUACAUAAUAAUAAGCAGAGUAAUAUAACACAAAUCACUGAA